GAAGUACAACUUUUCACACCUGUAAAGCCAUGUACAGAUAAACAGAAGCACCUUGAGAGCCUUCAGAAAUACUCAGCCGCACUGUGGACACAUGGAUUACACCAUACCAGCAAAGAAUAGAUCCAUAGAUUCAGAGAGAAGCCCGGCAGAGUCCUGACAACAAGAUAUUCACCCUGAUACAGCUGAUUCAGCUUGAGCUUUUUUUAUGUUGUGGUCAUAAACAUAUCACUCUGUCUACCCUGUUCAAAGGCCUCCCACGUGUAUCCUCCAUCUGUGCCACUGGACUCUCACACUGCCUUCAGAAGGGCUAUGCCAAUCCUGUUAAAUGCUGACGCAUCCUUCAGUUCCAAGCAGGAGCUCCUGGACCAACAGGACUGCCCUGUCAGCGGGGGUCCCUCUCUGGACACCCCCAGUCCAGUGGAUUCCCAGACAGGCAGCCCCAUAUGCUCAGGCCCCAGCAGCCCCAGAGCUGAUGGUCCCAUCCGGCCUGAUAUUUUUACUGGGGCUUCUACUGUCCCAGGGCAGCUAUAUGGGGUGGAAGCCAAAUCAAAUUCAGAGACUCCCCUGGGAUUAAAGCCUAAUUCCACUGACGUGGAUCACCUAUGUGGCUGGGGUUCUCUGUCACCCAAACCUAUUCAAGUUUUCAACACCUCUCGUUGGGUCCUGAUUUUCCUCUGUGCUGCUAGUUUCCUCCAGGGGAUGAUAGUCAACGGCCUCAUUAACACAGUGAUCACAACAAUUGAGAAGAGAUUUGACUUGCACAGCUACCAGUCUGGCCUCAUCGCCAGCUCCUACGAUAUUGCUGCAUGCAUUUGUCUGGCCUUCGUCAGUUACUUUGGUGGGACGGGGCAUAAGCCUCGCUGGCUGGGAUGGGGGGUGCUGAUCAUGGCACUGGGUUCCCUGGUGUUUUCCCUACCUCACUUCAUUACACCUCCCUACGAGGUCAGCAUGCUCGAACAAACAGGAAUGUGUUCUGCCAAUCGUACCAGCCCGUGCCAGGACAAGCAGGGGGGAGGAUUGUCCAAUUAUCGGUUUGUCUUCAUGCUAAGCCAGUUUCUACACGGAGUGGGAGCUACACCUCUCUACACGCUGGGGGUCACAUACCUGGAUGAGAAUGUCCAUUCCAACUAUGCACCGUUGUAUAUAGGAAUCUUUUACACUGCAAGCAUCUUGGGUCCUGCUGCUGGCUAUCUGCUGGGAGGUUACUUCCUGAAUAUCUAUGAAGAGAUCCAUCUACUGACUGAGAUGACUCCAGAAAACCCUCUAUGGGUCGGGGCUUGGUGGAUCGGCUUCCUUGCAGGAGGAGCUGCAGGUGUACUGGUAGCUUUCCCUAUCCUAGGCUACCCACGUCAGCUACCAGGUGCUCAGGAGUACAUGGCAAUGCGGGUGUCUGAGGCCCACCAGCUUAAGGACGGAAGCAACAACACAGCAUCAGACCCUCAGUUUGGCAAAUCAGUCAAAGAUAUGCCAAGAUCGGUGCUGCUGCUCUUAAAAAAUCCCACUUUCUUGUUUCUGUGCUUGGCUGGAGCCACUGAGGCCAUCAUCAUUACUGGCAUGUCCACCUUUAGUCCAAAGUUCUUGGAGUCUCAGCUCAGUCUCAGUGCAUCAGAGGCUGCCACAUUGUUUGGAUACAUGGUGGUACCAGCAGGAGGUGGUGGCACCUUCCUCGGCGGCUACAUCGUGAAAAGGCUGAAGCUGCGUUGUAGAGGUAUCAUAAACUUCUGCAUUAUGUGCACAGUAAUCAGCCUGCUCACCGUCUUCGUCUUUCUCCUCUACUGCCCAAACGUGCCUAUGGCUGGUGUCACUGCACCGUACCAUUUUGGUCUCAUGGAGCAACACAAACUGGACAAGUACGAACACCUGUAUGACAACCCCAUUAACAUGCACCAUAGAAACAGCUCUUCUACCGAGGAGGACCUGACAGUGGGCUGUAAUGCAGACUGUGGCUGUGUCAGAGAGCUGUAUAACCCUGUGUGUGGGGCAGACGGUGUGAUGUAUUACUCCCCAUGCCACGCUGGUUGCAGCUUCAUCAACCACACCCAACACUCCACUGGCAGACAGGUGUAUUCUGGAUGUAGCUGUGUGGUGGGGAACGCGUCCUGGGGCAAGGCAGGCUUUGCCCUGGCAGGGAAGUGUGGCAGCUCCUGCCAUUACAUGCCGGUUCUCCUUUCCUUCAUUUUCCUCGUCAUCUUCCUUACGUUCCUCUGUAGCAUCCCAGCGCUCACCGCAACACUCAGGUGUGUACCAGACAACCAGAGAUCCUUUGCACUUGGCAUCCAGUGGAUUCUUAUGCGUGUAUUUGGGAGUAUUCCAGGACCCAUAGCAUUUGGCUCAGUGAUUGACAUCUCCUGCUUACUGUGGCAGGAUCAGUGUGGUGAACGGGGAUCCUGCUACAUCUAUCAGAACUCAGCCAUGAGCCUGUACAUACUGGGAGCUGGUAUUGGCUGUAAGGUUUUGGGGACAAUCUUCUUUGUGUUAGCCAGCGUCCUGUACAAGGCUCCUACUGAGUCGCCUCAAAGCAGCUGUGAGAGCACCUACCACAGAGCAACAGACACGAGCGAGCAGCCAAUCAAAGACCUGCCUGAAGACGCGGUCAUCGUCAACCUACACGCCAGGUUAUGAUGUCGGAUGAGCCCUAACCGCUGAGUUGCAAUUGUGUGUGUUUUUGUGGGUUUGUGUAUUUAUACUUUUAUCUUUGUGAGGACUGAUUUGACCAUAAGAACUUACUGGACAUUUUUGGGAAGUGAGGAUGUUUUGGAUGAUUCUCAAAACAUAGGUCUGUUUGAUGGCUAAGACUUAGGUGUAGAAUUAGAGUAAGUGUUAGAAUUGGGGUUAGGGAUUUAGUUGUGAUGGUUAGAGGUAGGCCAAGGGGCUAGGGACUUUAUGAUGUGAAUGCAUUUCCUCGCAAAGACAAAAGUGUUUGUCUGUUACUACAUAGGCACACAAUGACAUUUUGCAGAUGUAGCCUUUGUGUGUGUGUGCGUGUGUGUGAGUGUGUUCGUGCGUGAGUGUUGGUGCUGCUUAAUGCAAAGUGUGUGGAUGUGUGUGUGUGUGGUCAUGGUGUGCUUCAUUUACACCAAUAGCCUUUUCUCAGCCAUAAUGACACCAACUCCAACAUGCACACACAUGGAAUCACACAAAAGGACAAAAAACAGACACACAAACCACAAACAACUUCAGAAUGUGUUUGUGCGAACACAGACAACAAACACACACUCACAGACCUUAACCAUCACAACUUAAUGCUUAAAUCACUACCAUAUCCAAAACCUGAUACAAAUUCAAACUCUAACCCUAAAACCAAGUCGUAACGUUUACACACCCCAUUGAAAGUAGAUCAGAGACUGAGGACCAGAAGAAAUGUCAGGUUCUAGGCUCAAAAUGUUCCUCACAAAGAUAUCUGUACACAUACGCACAGCUUUAUGCAGCUAUAUUGACUUGCAUUGACUUACAUUCAUUCGUUAGCCCUAACCAAAACCUUAACCAGGACAUGUGAAAAGGAUUUGCCUCAUUGGGACUGAGCUUUGGUCCCUAUGAGGUCUACUGUUCCCAUUUAUGUUGGUGAAUGAUUAUAAACACACACAGACGCUACUUCAAUGAUUUCCAAAAGGCCUCUUUCUUGAAACAAAAGUCUGCUGUGACUGCAUGUGUGUGCAUGUGUGUGUAUCUGACUGUUCGGAGCAGUGCCACACAAUUUGUCAUGUCCUAGGAAGCAUUUCUACACACACACUUACUGGCCACUUUAUUAGGUACACCUGUUCAAUUGCUUGUUAACACAAAUAGCUAAUCAACGAAUCACAUGGCAGCAACUCAAUGCAUCUAGGCAUCUAGAUGUGGUUAAGACGACUUGCUUAAGUUCAAAUUGAGCCUUAUAAUGGGGAACAAAGGGGAUUUAGGUGACUUUGAAUGUGGCAUGGUUGUUGGUGUGAGACAGGCUAGUCUGAGGUUUCAAAAACUGCUGAUUUACUGAGAUUUUUCACACACACUACCAUCUCUAGGGUUUACAGAGAAUGGUCCGAAAAGAGAAAUUAUCCAGUGAGCAGCAGGUGCCUGGACGAAAGCGACUUGUUGAUGUCAGAGGUCAGAGGAAAAUGGGCAGAGUGGUUCGAGAUGAUAGAAAGGCAACAGUAACUCAGAUAACCAGUUGUUACAACCAAGGUAUGCAGAAUACCAUCUCUGAACGCACAACACGUCGAACCUUGAAGCAGAUGGGCUACCGCAGCAGAAGACCACACCGGGUGCCAAUCCUGUCAGCUAAGAACAGGAAACUGAGGCUACAAUUCGCACAGGCUCACCAAAAUUGGACAAUAGACGAUUGGAACAACGUUGCCUGGUCAGAUGAGUCUCAAUUUCAGCUGCGACAUUCAAAUGGUAGGGUCACAAUUUGACACCAUGAAAGCAUGGAUCCAUUAUGCCUCGUGUAAACGGUUCAGGCCAAUGGUGGUGGUGUAAUGGUGAGGGGGAUAUUUUGUUGGCACACUUUGGGCCCCUUAGUACCAAUUGAGCAUUGUUUAAACACCACACCUUGUUGAAUUUAUGCUACGAAGAAUUAAGGCAGUUCUGAAGGCAAAAUGGGGUCCAACGCGAUACUAGCAAGGUCUACGAUUAAGUGGUCGGUGAGUGUAUAUCCAAGCUAGGUUAAACCCGUUCAGAAUGGCUGUCUAUAAUGUGAGUCUGGUGACAUUAAUGUUUCUGCAUUGUUAUUAUUACAUCAUCGAAUGAUACAUAUAUGCCAUGUUUAUGAAGCAUUUAUCAUUUUUCCUUUCGUUACACUGCUUUAUUGCUGCACACAGAUAAAGCCAUGGUCUACUAUAUAUUGUGCCAGACCCCCAGGCAAGUUAUAAUGAAGCCAAAUCAUUUUCCUAUAAUUCAUAUUUAAAGCCAAGAGUAUCUAAAGACAGUUAUUCGGAUAAUGUGAACAUAUUAGUCACAGCACAUUAGCACAAAUGUAUUUUGAAUUGGAAAAGCGCUGUAUUUUUGAUAGAUUCUUGAUUUCAUGUUUGGAGAUAUGACCAGGAAUUGGCCUGUAUUUAAGGGUGUAAAUAAAGAGGGCAAAAAACAGAGUCCAUCUGUGCUCCACAUUAUUAGAACUCUGACUUUUGGACUUCAUGUAAUCCCAUGCACCCCUGACUGCAAUGUGCAAUUUGAAGCCUUGCUCAACAUUUUGAGUAGAUCAUUAGAUGACAUCGAGAGUGACCCUUCCCGUUAGACUUACUCAAAGGCACUACCUAGUGCUGGAAGCCAUGCAGCACAUAAACAAAUGUCCAUGCUUCAUGAACAUUUGAACACUGCUCCCUAAUAAGAAAUGUCACACCAUUAUAUUUUUUAAAUAGCCAUUGCCUGUGUUUAAAGAAAUGAGGUUGAAACAAUAUCAAGCAGUUUUUUAGAAGGACAUUCCAGUACUGUACAUAGGUACAUCAAAGCCUUUUAAGUAUCAGUUUGUCCCAUAUUUGCUGCAAAACAAUAAUUAAACAUCUAUAACCGUAGAAUGUCAUUUACAAAAAAAUGUGAUUGUUAUGAUCAGCCCUAAUACCAAUGGGAGGGGUUUAAAGAGGCUUUCAUUAAAGUGACUUCAAUAGCCUUAUACAUAAAAAAUAUUUUAUGUAAUACUUGUAUUCACCUUAUCAACCUAUUGACAUAAGUGUGAUGUCUAUUUAUAAUACAAACACAGAUAAUGCUAUUUCUUCCGUGGCUUGUGUAACAUUUACUUAUAUUAUCUCACCUAAAGAUACUGAGAAAAUAAUGUGGUUUGUACAUUGAGUGACAGCAGCUCCAGUAAAGAGAUCAGAGACUUAGCUGACUUCCAAAUUAACUUAAGUGAGCAUCCGUUUAUAAUAACAAAAAACGAAACAAAAAACUGUUCACAACUGCUGCUCAAAUGAAGAAAAGACCGUCAAAUUAUUUUUGUCCACCACUUCCACACAGGAAACCUUGUAGUCCUUUUAGAACUGAAACAUGAAAAUGUAAGGUUCUAUUAGUAUAGUGGUUUCCUCUUCCUCCUGGCGAUUAUACAACCACAGUUGUUGCAGCGUUGUGAUGAAAUCCUCCCCAUCCAGUCCAAUGAGACUGGGGAGUGACACCCCGCCGCAAAAAGGUCUGGGUUUGACACCGUUUAUUAAAGCAACACAACAAACAAACCUUCUGUCGACCAGAUAACUGCACAUGUAGAGCCAGAGAUGGGCAAAAAUACAUCAAAAUGUAUUUGAUACAAAAUAAAAAAUAUCCCUCAAAUAAAUGUAUCAAAAUAAAAUACAAAAUACUGGUGCCAGAAAAUGUAACAAAAUACAAUACAAGUAUUUUGUAAUUGAAAUAUAGGAAAUACUUUUUCUGGAUUUUCUGUUUUCUCACAAUGUGGUAUAGCAGAGCAUUCAGGUUUGGGCUGUAUAAUUUACACAAAGCUCUGGUGAACCCCACAAAAAGGAAGAACAGUCACGGAAUUUCAGUGUAACUAAGCAGAGCUAAUAAAAGACAACAACUUGAUUGAUUAUGUAUAUAUAUAUAUAUACAGUGGUGGCCAAAAUUAUUAUAACACAUUAGGAUCUGACAAAAUGUACCUUUUUUUUGCCUCCAAAACAUGAUAAACUGGACAGAUCUAUUGUACAUUCAGGAAAGCCUUUGGCUAUAUAUGGAUAUAUUAAUCAUGUAAUCUACACAUACCUUUUAUUUUGUAGUUUUGCCAGUUUAUUGGCGAUAUAAAUUACAUCACUGCACUUUGCAAACAAAAUAGAGGCCUGCUUACACCAGCAUUUAAUAUGUUAGAUUUAUGGAAUAAAAUCAAAACCCCAUAGAAUUGCUGCGAUAAGGGGCAACAACAAUCAACUGUAGAAACAGUGCUUCCAGACAUCUUGUCUGUUUGCACUUCUGCUGUUUGAGUGCUCUGAUUAGAUGAAUCCAGAGGCAUUUUUGUCUGAGACACAGUUGAUGUUACAGCUUGAAAAUCAAUUUUAAAGCAGAACCACCUGCAAAUAGGAUACCUGGCCAAAAGUAGACCUCACAAACACAGAAUAUAGUGAAACCCUUAUCUACCUGACUGAUAAAUGUUACAACAAACAAACACUAGCCAGCUGUCACAUAGAACCUGUGUGUCAGCUCAGGGGCUGCAUCCUUCAGAGGACAUGGUCUACACAGAAGUCUACUCCAUGAAGAACGCCUCCUUCAUGGGCCAUGUAGAUUGCUAGGGCCAACCAGGGAGGAGAUGUAAUGUAUGCAGAGGAUUCCCACGGUCAGAUUCUCACCAUCUCGUUGCUUGCUGCCGCUAUUAACUCUCUGACUGACGGUUCACCACUGAAUCAAGUUUAAUCCUGGGAUAGGUUAGGCCGGGAUGGAUCCAUCUAUUGGAGCCUUCCUGUAGGAUGGAAGGAACCAUUUGUCGGCCGCAUUUGAAGGAGCCUUCGAAAUGGGACGGUCUAUUUGCUCUGCUCCAAAGAAUGAGCCCCUGACUAUAGACAUGGCUACAGUGUAAUUUUAAGCCCCCUGGUAUUUAGUUCCAUUGACAGAGCAUUAUUUCCAAUCUAUUGAAGCAGGAACGAAGCCUUUUGAGGAAACAAGCUUGCUAACUGUCAUUUAGCAUGCACAUUAGCUUGGUUUCCAAAUUGGAUAAAUAGUUCAUACAGUUUAUGUAGACUCCUGUCUUUAACUGUCUGAAAACCAUUUAUUUUUUAGUGGCAUAUUCACUUCAACUGAAAUCACUGUGAAAAAUCGGGAUUUAUGUUCAAUAAAUUUCAUUUGAAGGACAUUACAUUUUCCACGACCUCUGCAGUUUUAAAUGCUGGUGUGAUGGUGCCUUUAAGAGUGACACUGUGGAGCUGUCAAGCAUGAUGCAAAUCUGACAUGACACACGAUAUAAACAAAUGUUUGGGACCUAUUGAUCAUAGUAACACAAGUCCAGAAAUGUGCCAAAUCAACAUUGCCUAACAACUGUUGUUUUAUAUAUUUUUUAUAAUUGACCUUGUUUAUUUAUAUUUAGCUUGUAGCUAUUUGUUUAAUUAAUUGACUGUGUGAUGAUAAAAAGGAAUGCUGCUCUGACUCUACUGCUCUCGUCCUUCGUCUACGAAAAAAGCCUUUUCUUGUCUCGUCUUCAUUGUUUAUUCGAUAGUGAAACCUGAUAUUUAUUGUUGUCAUGCAAAAAACGAUAGUUCAUCAACAAAUAAAAAUGUACUCAUUAUCUACUCAACCUCUAUGCUUGUGGGGGGGGGCAUAGGGGUGUGGGUCUAGCUUAGCCACUAAUGGUGGACACCACACGAGCAUGGAGGAAUAUUAUUUUUCAUUAGGUCUGAAGAUAGGUCACUAAUGUUUACCCUUGAAACUCGAAAAGUGUUUUGUGGACUCGAACACUUCACCCACACCAUCAGCAUAGGGAUGAGGAGAUAAUGAGUGUAUUUUCAUAUCUGGGUGAACUCCCCCUCUUUACCCUGCAGCUGAUGUUGAAGAGUUUGAGCGCAAUGUGAAUAUAAAGUCUUCCCAGUUGUGCUGUGCAGGCAAUCUCCAAUUUUGACAUAUCACCCUGUAAACAGAUUUUUUUUAUUUUUCUAGUUUGCUUUUAUUACUGUAUGAUUUCCUGAAAAAAAAAAAAGAAUCAGUGGAUGACUUGCGAUUGUUGAUCUUUUUAUGGAAUGAAGAUUGUUUGAAGUGUUUUCUUAUUAUAAAUGUUGAACAGCA